AUGGACAAAGGCAAAAGUCGUGACGAGAUCUCAAAUUUUGUUUGUUGCAGUCUCCGCCAAGACCGUCAAAUGUUCUUCCACGCCACACUCGCCAGAAGUUUCAUCAACGCCCUAUCUGUCCGAGGUGACGACGACUCGGUGGACCGUCUCAACUACUACUACACUCCCCUGAUUCUAGCCGUCUGUUGUCUAGUCAUCUCAGCUAAACAGUACGGUGGCACCCCAAUCGAAUGUUGGGUCAAUCCGCACAGUCGAGAGUCGAUGGAGGAGUACAUCGAGUCGUAUUGUUGGAUUCAGAAUACCUAUUGGAUACCAAUGUACGAAAAUGUGCCGGAUGACCAUACCGCCCGUGAGGAGAAACAAAUCGGCUACUACCAAUGGGUGCCUUUUAUUCUUAUCGCCGAGGCGCUCAUGUUCUCGUUACCAUGCAUUUUUUGGAGACUAUGCAGUUUUCAAUCAGGACUCAACAUCCAAACCCUUAUUAACGCAGCAUGUGAUGCACAAGCUCUUCUCGACUACUCGGAUCGACAAAAAGCCAUCGAAGCGAUCACGUGCAAUUUCGUCGACAAUCUUGACUUGCAAUCGCCAAAUGGACGAAUAAAAGCGAGGGGAUGGAUAGCUCGUAUCAAGUUCUCCCGAUUCCUAUCCGGACAGUGUAUUUCCAUAUUCCAUAGCUUCACAAAACUGCUCUACUGCAUAAAUGUGGUCGCCCAGUUCUGUAUUCUGAAUGCGUGUCUGAAGAGCACCGAAUUCAUGUUUUUCGGAUUUCAAGUUCUCAGCGACAUUUGGGCAGGCCGUCCAUGGACAGAGACCGGUCACUUCCCCCGUGUGACCCUAUGUGAUUUCGAAGUCCGGUACCUGGCCAACCUGAACAGAUACACCGUCCAAUGCGCCCUUCUCAUCAAUAUAAUCAAUGAAAAAGUGUUUGCAUUCCUCUGGUGUUGGUACAUGAUUCUAGCCAUUAUCACCACUUGUUCGUUCAUCUACUGGCUUGCCAACUCGUUUAUUCACUCCGAGAAAGUGGAUUACGUCAUGAAGUUCAUUCAAAUCGCCGAGUCCAGUGAAUUCAAGAAAUUACAAAAGUUCGAGAAGGACGCGACUGUCGAGAGGUUAUAUACGGUCAUUGCAUUUGCACCACACCUCUUGGAUUCAUUUGUUUCUGACUUUUUGAAGUCUGACGGUAUCCUGAUGCUGAGAAUGAUAUCAAACCACGCUGGCGACAUGAUAGUCGUGCAACUAGUGAGAAACCUGUGGCAAGAGUAUCGAGAGAGAAAUUGGAGAGAAUUCGAAGAGCACGAAGAGAUGAAAGACUCGGAAUUGAGGAGAAUUCAGGGGACACGAGAGAGAAUUGUGAUUGCGAAUGUUGGACAGACGAAAUCGUUUCUUUAA